AUGCUUAUUAGCUCAUCUGAAGAGUACGAAACAAGCAGUUCAUCAUUGGACUGGGUCGACAGAUUUGUUCACGGGUUUGCAGAUUCUCUUAUAGUUCGAGUGGAUCAGCCGUUUAUUGACGACCCGUUCAACCUGUUCGGGCUAUCAGAGCAUAUCAAAGGGUACGACAAGCUUAUUCGGGUGCUGAGAGGGGAGGAGUACGAGCCGCACUCGCACGAGCUGACUGUUUCGCUGUACUACAUGAUACACCAGAGAUACAUAGUUUCCAAAAAAGGGCUGGAAGCCAUGCACAGUAUCAUAUCCAGCGGGGUGUUUGGAAAGUGCAAAAGGGUGUUUUGCAACGGGUUUCCCUUCAUCCCAAUAGGCCUGAACGAAAAGCCAAACAGGUCAACAGCGAAGCUGUUUUGCGACCAGUGCAAGCAGAUAUACGAGCCUACAAAUGAGCUGGGCAAAAUAGACGGAUGUGCCUUUGGCCCUACAUUUCCUCAUUUGUUUAUUCUUAUGUACAGAAAUCUUUUCCCCAAGAGAAGAGAAAACAUCGAGUAUAACCCCAGAAUAUUUGGGUUUAGAGUGGCCAGCGCCAAGAAAGAGUAG